AUGUCUUCGGCACAAGAUCCAUUCUAUAUUGUUAAAGAAGAGAUCCAGGAUUCUAUUGAUAAGUUGCAAUCUACGUUUCACAAAUGGGAGCGUAUUUCUCCCGGCAUGGGGGAUCAAGUGCAUGUGUCAAAGGAGCUUGUUGCUAAUUGUGGAAGCAUUGAGUGGAAGGUAGAUGAGCUGGAAAAAGCGAUUACUGUUGCAGCAAAAGAUCCUGCGUUGUAUGGCAUUGAUGAAGCUGAGCUUGAAAGGAGGAGGAGAUGGACUAGUAAUGCUAGGACACAGGUGCGGAAUGUGAAGACAAGUGUUUUAGCUGGAAAGGUUAGUUCUGGAGCUGGUCAUGCGAGUGAAGUGCGAAGAGAACUAAUGAGAAUGCCAAACUCGACUGAAGCAAAUAGAUACGAUCAAUAUGGAGGAAGAGACGAUGACGGUUUUGUACAGUCAGAAUCAGAUAGGCAAAUGCUGUUGAUAAAGCAACAAGACGAAGAAUUGGAUGAGCUUAGUAAAAGUGUAGAGAGAAUUGGAGGAGUAGGGCUCACUAUACACGAAGAGCUCAAUGCACAGGAAAGAAUAAUGGAUGAAUUGGCUUCGGAGAUGGACAGUACGAAGAACCGGCUUGACUUUGUUCAGAAAAAAGUGGGAAUGGUAAUGAAGAAAGCUGGAGCCAAAGGACAGAUGAUGAUGAUAUGUUUCUUGCUUGUCUUGUUCAUCAUCCUAUUCGUUCUCGUCUUCUUGACCUAA